AUGAGCAUUGUUGUACUGCCAGCAGACAAAGGGCGUUCUACAGUUGUCUUGGACAAGACCGACUACAUUCAGAAGGCUAACAACCUGCUGGAUGGUCGACAGGCCUACCUCCGAUGUGAUGAUGAGCAGAUGAGGAAGCUGCUGACGCAGUUGGACAAAACGCUCGCUGAAAUGCAAAGGAACAAAGUAAUAAGCAAGUCGGUACGACUGGUCAUUAAACCAACAGAUGCAACCGCACCAAGGUUCUACGGGCUACCCAAAGUGCACAAGGUCGAUGUCCUCCUCCGACCAAUCGUGUCACUUCGCGGCGCGCCAACAUUCAAUCUGGCUAAAUGGCUGUUCCGACACCUGAGGCCUCUCACCUCAGGCGCAACCACAACGGUCUGUUCAGCUACUCAGUUUCUGGAACGGCUCAGGGGAACGCGACUCACUGCAGACGAGGUCAUGGUGUCAUUUGACGUCACCUCUCUCUUUACUUCAAUCCCGCAGGACCUGGCCAUCGAAACAGAAAUGACUCAGCGCAGGACAUGGCGUUAAGUCUCCGGGACAUGAUAUUUCUGGUAUAUAAUGGAAACCUCAUAGAGAACGCUGAGAGCCCCACUGAAGAGCCGAACCCCUCGCAGCUGUGUCACGUAGCUGCAGAAUAUCAGCGAAACACGCGUCUGGGCUUUUAGUUAGUACCUAUGUCGGGAUUGCGGUAUAAUACGUUCGGCGGGACCACUUAUCCCAAGUCGCCAUGCAUACUCUUGAAACUGGGCACAAAUUCGCUUGGGAUAAAACACGCAUUGUCGGUUCCUGCCCAUAUAAGAAAGGCCGAGAAUUCCUAGAGGCCAUUCACUCUGAUGAUUCAUGCAUCAAUCGACGCAUCGACCUUGAUACCAUGUACACAAGUCUCAAAGAACAAUGGAAAAGGUAAUAGCCAAUCAAGACGUGACAUCAGCCCACAGCAUUAACCCAUCCUCAGUCAUGACAGAGCAAUAUCGAUUUUUUUCGGCAUUGUUUAAAUUUUGACUGUUUCUUCACUCUUACUACACGUCUGAAGACGAGCUGGGGAACCAGACUCGAAAAUUUACGAAAUAAAGUUUGUUCAUUUUCCCAAAGGACUCAUUCUUCUUCGAAUUAUGUUUCUUGGGAUGCCCAUCUUCCAGUAUAUAUAUAUAUAUAUAUAGCAACGGAAUUGAGCGCGCUGCUUGAAUAAUUUCUGGAGUGCUUCCGUACGCGAGUUCCAGUGGCACUUUAAAUAAGGAGUGCAUAAGGACGCAGACAUUUCUGAGUGGCAACUACCGGGGACUGCACGACUUGGGGGGACCUUAAAUAUGCGUCUUUCGUUUGUUUUUCUGCGCGAUAUGGCAGUGCAUACACACAAGCCUGUAGGCCGUUUAGGCGCCUGCCACACCAUGCACUUUUAUUCCGCACGCUCAUCGGCGCCUGCCUAUGUGUCACUUGUAUAUCCGCCGUCAUUUUGUACCCUGAUCAAUGCGGGACUCUACGACUCCUUCAUAGGACUCGACUCUCACUCCAAUCAUUAUGCGUUUCGAUGCUGCAGUUAAUCAGAAUCGCCGGAUGUUUACUCGAUAUCUGACAUAAGAUAUAGCAGGACAGUUACAAAGUUCGGUAUGCGAUUGGUUCCCGCAGAACCCACCUAGACAUUAAAUUGCCGCGUUCACUGCACACUAGGACGGCCCUGUUUAUCAAAGCGCGGCGACGGCACUCCUCACCUUGCUAUGGCUUCCGACCAAACCUUCCUGACUCUCAACAGCGGUUAUAAAAUGCCCCAAGUCGGAUAUGGCACAUUUAUGGUUGGUUCGCCCACAUUUUGUCCAGCUUCAGUCAACUCCAUACGAAUCAGAACAGCCAGUCCUGUGGGCGAUUGAGGCGGGUUGCCGACACAUUGACUGCGCUCACGCCUACCAAAAUGAAGUUGAAGUUGGCGACGCUCUCAAGGAGAAGUUUGAUGACGGAACGCUGAAACGCGAGGACAUCUUCAUUACGUCAAAGGUUUGCCGAGGUCGUAACUCCAAUUCUGGUAUAGUUGUGGUGUAAUGCCCAUCGCCUGGAAGAUGUGCGUCCAGCCUGUGAGGAAAGUUUACGAAGACUGGGACUCAGAUACCUGGACCUAUAUCUCAUUCACUUCCCUGUUCCUUUUAAGGUUAUUCCGCCUUACUGACUCUAUGCGUGCAGAUAAAGAAGGGUAAGCAGUACUUAGCAUUCGAUCCAGAUUCAAUCGAAGUGGAAUAUGUUCCUCUGGAGGAGACGUGGAAGGUAUGUGACCCACCAGUGUAUAAUAAUAGGGGGUUUACAAUCAUCAUUUACAUGCUUCUCCUUUAUAGGAGCGUUUUUCGUUGUAUGUAGUGGCUUAGUCAGAUGUGGUUAUGUUUCCCCACCCUAACCAUAGGCCCUAACACUAACCGCUAAACCUAACCCCUAGCCCCAACCCCUGCAUAACCGCAUCCUACCUAGGGCUCAAAGGUCUUGUGGACGCUAAUAGACGCAUUCAGCCACCCACAGAGAACAAUUAGCCAAAUCGACUUGUACGAAGUCUACUUCACUUAUACUCAUCUCAGUCCUUUAAACGGAUUCUUAUGCUCAGGAUAAGGUUUUCAUAGUUGCAGACAUUGGAGUUGCAUUUGGCGAGGAUUAAAUAUAUGUGCGGGAUUAGGGAUGGAGGUUAGGGCUGGAGUUAGGGGUUAGGGCAGCUAUUUCCCGACCACUCGAAGUGCAGCCGCGCAUUCCCAAUAGUUUUUUCUUUUGCAUAUAGUGCGUGACCGAUCUCAAGAAAUGUUAGCCAAAAUUCUGAAAUGCGUUUUCGAUUAGGAAGGAUUACUUAGGCGUGGUUUCAGCUCUGGUUAUCUUGUGACGUUAUCUUAUAAUAUUUCAGACUUGGCAGGAUGAUAGCUUUUGAAUAUACUCCUUUUUGACCUUCUGUAAAAACCGUACUCGGUAAAGAAUGACUAUUUAUGCAGCAAGCCUUUUCCCCAUUGCUUUUCGAUGAUAUUGCAAAUUGAAAUAUAUUCAAUGAAAGGCGCGGAUAAAAUGCUUUCUUUUACUAAUUUCAUAGAGAAUUACGUCAUCUGUUUAUUGCAUACUUAAAGAAUGAGUGUAAUUAGGUUUAAAAAGGUUUCUAAUUUUAAGAUUUUUGAAUACUUUGCAAUGGCCAUUCAUGCAGCAUCGUAUUCGUCCGUUUUCCACUGCUCCUCAUAAAAUGUGCAACAUAGCCCGCAUGCAUUGCAAAAUUUUAUGGACUCUAUUCGGGAGUUAUAAAACUUUUUUAAAACCUAAUUACACUACUUCAUCAGAGAUACAAUGAAAAGAUGACGUGAUUCUCAAUCAAAUGAGUAUAAGAAAGCACUUUAUCCGCGCCUUUCAUCGAAUAUAUUUGAAUUUAUGAGACCAUUAAACAUAAAUGGGGAAAUGCAUGCUACUUAAGUAGUCCUUCUUUACCGAGUACGGUUUCCGCAGGAGGUCAAAAAGAAGUACGUUCUAAAGCUGACAUCCUGCCAAGUCUGAAAUUUUAUAGGAUUGUGCUACAAGAUAAUCAGUGUUACAACCGCGCCUAAGUAAUCCUUCCUAAUAGAAAACGCAUUUCAGAAUUUCGACCAACAUUUCAUGAGAUCGGUCACUCAACUACUUGACCUCGUGGCCAGUGCGCCCCCCCGCCCCGCUUGUAAUAACCCUUAUUACCACCGGUCUAGGUGGCUGGAGUUUGUUUACUUCAGGUGGGGCUACAUUGUCGCAUCUGACCGUCUUUUAAACUGAUUCUUAUGUUUGGGGUGAAUUCUUCAUUGUCACAGUCAUUUAACUUGCCUUUGGCAAGGAUUACGUAUAUGCGCAGGGUAAGGAUAUGCCAGCGUUUUAACACUCCUCCUAUACGGACAGACUUGCAUAUCCCAUCUACCAUUACGUCUUGUGUUUUUUACUACUCGACUGUUCGCCGCGCAAAGCCUAUUUAAAAACUGAGCUUUCCUCUUAGUAAAAAAUAACGUGUGGGGCAUGCCAAACAAUGAACCAAUGUAGAUAUUUCAGCAGUAGUGGUUCCUCGGCGCCGCAGAAGUCGGCGAAUGUCAUCCUGCUGACGAAGGGUCGACCAAAAAAUCUGCAGAACGACACCUACUUUGGAAAAUAUAGUAGGCAGUUCUUCACAUUUUUUCCUUGUCCCGUGCAUAUACUUAAUCCUUACCCAGCCCUCAUCCGGAUGUUGAUUUGAGUGUUUUCCCUCAUGCGCUUCAUUCCGUGCAGGGUAUGGAGGAGCUGGUUGAGGCCGGCCUCGUUAGGUCGAUCGGAGUUUCAAACUUCAACAAGUCUCAAAUUGAUCGCAUUCUGGCCGUCUGCAAAAUACCUCCGGCGGUUAAUCAAAUUGAGGUCUCUGUGAAUUGGCUAAAUCAAAAACUAAUUGACUACUGUCACUCGAAAGGCAUUCAGAUCACCGCCUACGCACCCUUCGGUUCUCCGGGCGCAGUUGAGUAAGUCACUAAAGUGCACCACCUCUGCUUAUUUUGCCAAUCAACAUCGUGAGCAGUUCUCACUUUCGUAACUAGUAAUUAAAGGUGUUAUGCCCGAGUCGAUUGGAAUGAAACCAUCUGUCUGGCCAAGUCGCCACUGUAGUGGCUGAGGACGUAGAGGUUAGCAUACACUGAAGUAGCGAAGCACUGGGAGGCGAUCCUGGCUGAAAACGAUCUAAAUAGAGCCUUUAGGAUGCAUGCACAAGAGAAGCAUAGGCGUUAAAUAGGCAAUAAGCCAUAGUGAGAGGAGAUGGAAACUGGGAAAACAUGGAGUGAGUGACCGAUCUCAUGAAAUGUUGGCAGAAAUUCUGAAAUUCGUUUUCGAUUAGGAAGGAUUACUUAGAUGCGGUUGUAAUACUGAUUAUCUUGCGGCAUAACCCUAUUAUAUUUCGAACUCGGCAGGAUGUCCGAUAUUAACUGCUCUGCCUUGCAAUCUCCUGUAGAAACCGUACUCGGUAAAAAAUGACCAGUCAAGCAGCAUGCAUUUUUCACAUUGAUUUUCGAUGGUCUUGCAAAUUCAAAUAUAUUUUAUAGAAACCACGAGCGAAAAUAGGCUUUCUUUCAGUCGUUUGACAGAGAAUCGCGUCAUCUUUAUUUUUUAUAUUUGACCAAGGAGUAUAAUUAGGUUUUGGAAAUGUUUGAUAAUUCCCGACUAAUUUGGAGCUUGAUCAGCCGUCGCAUUAGCGCUUAGUGAUUUUAGUCUACAAAGUGAAUGCGUCCCGCGUAAAGAUAAUCUCAUAUUCUUUUAUGCCUUUAAACACAUGUCACACGGAGUCCAUAAAAUUGUGCAAUGGAUGCGGUCCAUGUUGCACAUUUCAUGAGAAGCAGUGGCAAAUGGACAGGUACGAUGCUAUGUGAAUGGACAUUGCAGUCUUAAAAGCCUUAUAAUUAGAAACUUUUUAAAAAACCUAAUUAUACCCCUUCUUCAAGUAUAAAAUAUAAAGAUGACGUGUUUCUCCAUCAAACGACUAAAGGAAAGCAUGUUUUUGUUCAUGGUUUCUAUAAGAUAUAUCUGAAUUUGCAACACCAUCGAAAAUCAAUGUGAAAAAUGCAUGUUGCUUGAGUAGUCAUUUUUUACCAGGUACGGUUGCUAUAGGAGAUUGCAAAGCAGAGCAGUUAAAAGCUGACAUCCUGCCCAGUCCGAAAUGUUAUAAGGCUUUGCCGCAAGAUAAUCAGUAUUACAACCGCAUCUGAGUAAUCCUUCCUAGUCGAAAACACAUUUCAGAAUUUCGACCAACAUUUCAUGAGAUCUGUCAUUCACUGUAUUUUAAUAGUUGAUUGAACGAGCGGGAUGAGUUAUAACAAGGGAGAAACCUGUCUGGAUGGAGAGGCGACACCGACGUGCCACCUAAACAACCGGUUGGAAACGCAGCGCUGAAGGUAGGGCCGAGGGAGAUGCCUGCGUAGAGAGAGAGAGAGCGAGGCGAGCGUUACGCUAAGUUGCGGGAAUGGGGACGGUGGUAGUGAGAGAAAGGGACACCGUCCAUCUUCACCGAAACGCAGUUACGCUAUCUAGUUCCGCGCGCCAAAAGGGUUUCAUCACUCGAACAGCCUUACACAGGUAUUGGGGCGUUACACCACCGCCUUUACUGUCCCCCACCUACAGUAAAAAAGUUUGCGUCUAUUAGAUCUGUAAUCUGUGAUCAACUAUGAGGACCAGACUCGUCUUUCCGGUACCUAUAAAGAAACUGGGGUUCAUUUGGAGGCAGAGUCUUACGGACAACUGGCAAUCCGACAAUUCGCCUGUCACAAUCGUUGAAGAGCGGCGACAUCUCGCUAUGGCCACCUGCCCAGCGCCCAAUUCACUCUUUCUUCUCUCCAAUAUCCGAUUACGAUUUCAAAUUGUAUCGACUGUAGGCGAGAGGACAAAACAGAUCCCGGUGUACACCUGCUGCAUUCUGGCUAACUCCAGCGUGGAUUAAAUUGCCUUUCUGAGCGUAGACUUUCAGUGGACAAUCUUUGACUUAGUAAUGAAAUGGAUACUUGCACGGGAGACAGCGGAGAGUCCGGACAGAUGAAUUCUCUGCUACGUAGAGUGGAAGCAUGUCAGGAUUCAAGGUGUAUAGGCAGUUACCGGCCAAGAAAUCAUUGUAGAGUUUGCUUCUGCAGUCGUUCAAAGCGAACUCGAGCUAAGCAGACGGGGCGAUAAGGACUAAAAUAGAAAAGUGAACAAAGUCUUCCAAAAUAUGAUUCAGGCAGUAAUGCCAAAUGGAUAUGGCCUGAUAAUUGUUCCUCAGAGUGCAGACUCCGAUAACCGCAGCAGCGGCGCAAUGAACUUGGAACUAACAACUUUCUUACCCGGCUGCAUCCUCAGGCUAUAAUUUUCCCAACUCUUCUUUUCUGCUGAAUCGUGCUAUCCCCAAAUCUGCCUUCUUACUUAAAAAGUGUGUCCUCACUUUCCGCUGCACAAGUGCGAGAAAUUUGCAUCCGAUACUUUGUCUAUCAAUCUCUGUGUUACCGAUCUCGAACAGGGAUAUUCCAUCUCCGUUGAAUGCCGAAUACGUGGAGAAUAUUGCCCAGGCCCACAGGAAGACGCCGGCUCAGGUUCUCCUUAGGCAUGCAGUACAACGCGGUCUUUCCGUGGUUGCAAACAGCUCAAAAGCCGAAAGGAUUAAGGCUAUGUUCAACGUAAGCAAUAAAACUCGGGUUUUUUUCUGGUAAUUCAGUAGGAUUGUUACCCCUCUCGUCUUUUUUGUACAAAAUGUAAGAAACGCUUACCUUCUUGACUCCUUUAAAGUAGCUUGGAGGAAAUCCCUUGUAGCGCAAUUUUUGGCCCGAUCCAGACGUUGAUUUGAAUAGUUGAGCUGAAAUCCGGCAGCCUCGGCAAUACAAAAGUUACUAUUUACACCCUACUAACAGACAUAUAGUAGUAUGUAAACUAUUAAAUAUAAGACAAACUGACAGUACUGGUACUACCUAAACUGCACACACGUUUUUCGUCUAUUUGGAGUCGCUGCACGAUCCAGCUGUGAUAGGCUCGUGGUAUUUAACAAAAAGCCCACGAGGAAGUUGGGCGACGACCUGACGAUCCGAACCUACCGUGUCGAGACUUUUAGCUAGCACCUGUGCUCUUAAUUUUGAGAAUUAUUAAGUGUGGAGGAAAUGAUCCACUGGGGACUACUUGUUCACAACGCGACCGCCCGAAAGUCUGCGGGCACAAAUUUGCCAAACCAGUAUUGACGAAGUGAGCAUGUGCACGCGGGCUUCACAGUAUGAAGAGUAGCAGCAUUGUACGCUGAUGAUUACUUAUUAUUGACAAAUAGAAGGGAAACUGGAAUGGCCAUUUCAGGCUUAUUAGCCGUCGUCAGCCAUUCACACCCAACCCCGUAGUGUUGAACAUCUGGGAUCCGAUCCCGCUGAGUUGUUAGAGCCGUUGGACUUCUAACUAACAGGUCGCGGGAUCGAGAUCCAGGUGUUCCACGCUUCGGAGUUGGGUGUGACUGACUGACGACGGCUUAUAAGCCAGAAAUGGCCAUUCCAGUCUUCAUUAUCUUUGUCGCUAAUAACAUUCUGCCAGUAUCAUGAGCCGCUGCGCGGCUGCCGGUUGGGCUCGAGAGAGAGAGAGUCCGUAAGGCACAACGGGACGAGCGAAUUCCGUAGGAACGAUCGGUGAACGCCCUCUACCAUUGAUGACUACAUCCUUGCAGAAAGAUUAACCACUAAAGUCGCAAGCAGCCUCUUCCUCAUCCUCAUCACUGUCAUCGUCGCUGUUUCCGUCAUCAUUGUCAACACCCCCAUCAGUAUCAUCGUCAUCAUCAUCGCCGUCGUCAUCAUCAUCACCACCGCCGCCGCCGCCGCCACCACCACCACCACCACAACACAAUCAUCACCAUCAUCAGCAUCAUCACCAACAACAGCAGCAUCAAUGGCGACAGCAGUAGCAUCCUAAAUACAAUGACCGCCAACACCAUCACAAGAUAAGAAAACCGAAAAGCUGGAUGAGCCUUAUAUAUAAUAAACGCUUCGGAAACAUGCGAUCGCCCAUCUGCAGGACAUAAAUUGGGGGUAGAUUUAACAGCGUCUUAGGAUGCCCAACAAAAUGACAUGGGGUAUGCGGGGGUUGUGUUUGUGUAGUAUUGGCUAGCCGUAUGAAAAGCUAGUCUAGCCGACUCGUUCACUGAGCCUGCUCAAAUACUAACGUUUCCUUUUUUCGUCUCCUUACUCCCUCCAAAAUGCUUUCAGAUAUUUAAAUUUACCCUGACGAAGGAGGAGAUGGAAAUACUCAAUACACACGGCCGCAAUAUUCGCGCCUUCACAAUGCCAAUGUAUGUUUACUUCACCACCUUGGGAUAUUUAAUAUGACUUUUUUUCAGGGCAGUGCAUCAUCCGGAGUAUCCUUUCAAUGCGGAAUUCUGA